AUGGUUUCAUCAUCAACCAUUUCAUUUACCGACCCCCCGGCUUUUCCUCCCCAGACACGGCCAGCUGAUAAGCGCACUACUUUCGAAAAGACGCAACGGCAUCUACGAGACUCGGGAGAAACACUAGAAGUCUCCAAUCUAUCCCAUCUUCUCGAAUCAGUGUUGUCUGUUUGCUUCCUUUUGCCUUCCUCUCUAGUGUACGGUGGUUUCAUUACCGAUCUUCGAGGAGAUGUUCGACAAUUCUACGGCAUUGACGGAAAUGACAACCGAGACUGUUUUGCAGGAUGUUGCAAGCCUUGCUGCACUCUCAUUCGGGUCGAAAACGAAAUCAUAGGUCGAGAAAAGUGCCGGAAGCCCAGUGACUCCAGUGGGUAUACUUCUCAACCUCCAAUGAGUUCAUCGUCGAGUUCUUCAAGUUCAGCUUCGAACGUCGGCAUCAAGUCACCAUGUUCCAGUUCAGAGAGUGACGAGUGCCUUCCAUGUAUCCCUGAGGACCAAUCUGAGAAAUCUCCUUCGACUCGGAACAGCCGCCGUAGCAGCAAGAAUCGGCAGCGCUCGAUUGCCCUGGAUCCUGUUGCACCAACUGAUGCGACGCUUGUCCACGACCACGACCUUGAUAAAGACCCAACGGGACCGACACCCCAUCUUCACGAUCAUGACCUUGAUAGAGACCCAAAGGGGCCGACGCCUCAUCUUCACGAUCACGACCUUGGCCAAGACCCAAAAGGACCGACCCUUCAUCUUCACGGGAAUCACAGGUUGAGCAAAGACGUGACUACUACUGCAUCCUAUCCACCCUCAAUUCACCAACUUCGAACCGAUACCAAGGCAUCGGCCAGUCCACCUGCAAUUCUCCGACACGAUCUUUUCGACGACGCUACGACAUCUACUAUUCAGCACAGCAAACAUGACCUUGGUUUCGAUCAAGUCAAUACCUAUCGAGCCAGUCCAGAACAUCAAAUCCAUCAGGAUGAGAUAGUCCCAGGAGCGUUCCCUUCAUCGUCCCACGAUUUGGGCCAAGACCUAGCCAGCGACCAGGCCAGAUCAGCUCAUCCACAUGGGCUUGGAGAGGAUGAUGAAGUUACAAGGAGGCCAACGAACCAUGGUCUACACCAUCUUCACGAGGGUAAAUGA